GGUCAGAGACUGUGGACAUACUACAGGAGAUGGUCAGAGACUGCAGACAGGAUACAGGAGACGGUCAGGGACUGCAGACAGGGUACAGGAGAAGGUCAGAGACUGCAGACAGAGUACAGGUGAUGGUCAGAGACUGUGGACGUACUACAGGAGAUGGUCAGACACUGCUGACAUACUACAGGAGAUUGUCAGAGACUGUGGACGUACUACAGGAGAAGGUCAGAGACUGCAGACAUACUACAGGAGAAGGUCAGAGACUGCAGACAGGAUACAGGAGAUGGUCCAAUAUUGCAGACUGGAUACAGGAGAUGGUCGGAGACUGUGGACAUACUACAGAAGAUGGUCAGAGACUACCACCAUAAUACAGGAGAUGGUCAG